UAGUUGGAAGAAGUGCCGUAGACAUGUGUGGAAUCUUUGCGUACCUGAACUACCACGUGCCCAGGACUCGGCGUGAUAUCCUGGAGAUCCUUCUGAAGGGUCUGCGGCGUCUGGAGUACCGGGGCUAUGACUCGGCAGGAGUGGGCAUCGAUGGAGGGAACAGUAAAGAUACGGAGACCAAUUCUAAAUCCAUCCAGCUGAUCAAACAGAAGGGCAAAGUCAAGGCUCUGGAUGAGGAGAUUCACAAGCAGCAGGAUAUUGAUCUGGACGUGGAGUUUGAUGUUCAUCUCGGUAUCGCUCACACACGCUGGGCAACCCACGGAGAACCCAGCCCUGUCAACAGUCAUCCACAGAGAUCAGACAAGAACAAUGAAUUCAUCGUCAUCCACAACGGUAUCAUCACCAACUACAAAGACCUGAGGAAGUUCCUGGAGAGUAAAGGAUAUGACUUUGAGUCGGAGACUGACACCGAGGCCAUCGCCAAACUGGUCAAAUACAUGUACGACAACCGGGAGAGUGAUGACAUCAGCUUCGCCACGCUCGUGGAACGGGUCACUCAGCAGCUGGAAGGAGCCUUUGCCCUGGUCUUUAAAAGCAUCCAUUACCCCGGGGAGGCUGUGGGCACAAGGAGGGGAGGACCAUUGUUAAUCGGUGUGAGGAGUGACCAUAAACUGUCCACAGAUCACAUUCCUGUCCUCUAUCGCUCCACUGGUAAAGAGAAGAAGAGCUGUACUCUGCCCAGGAUGGAUCAGGACACCUGUCUGUUCCCUGUGGAAGAGAAGGCUGUAGAGUACUACUUCGCCUCAGACGCCAGUGCUGUGAUCGAGCACACAAACCGGGUUAUCUUCCUCGAGGAUGACGACGUUGCCGCAGUGAUGGACGGGCGUCUGUCCAUCCACAGGAUCACUCGCACGGCGGGCGACCACCCCGCGCGGGCGAUUCAGACCCUGCAGAUGGAGCUGCAGCAGAUAAUGAAAGGUAACUACAGCUCUUUCAUGCAGAAGGAGAUCUUUGAGCAGCCUGAGUCUGUGGUCAACACGAUGAGGGGGAGGGUCAACUUUGAUGACAACACAGUGACGCUUGGAGGACUCAAAGAUCACAUCAAAGAGAUCCAGAGAUGUCGUCGGCUGAUUCUCAUCGCCUGUGGGACCAGUUAUCACGCCGGGGUGGCAACACGGCAGGUUCUGGAGGAGCUGACUGAACUUCCUGUCAUGGUGGAGCUGGCCAGUGACUUCCUGGACAGGAACACGCCUGUGUUCCGUGAUGAUGUCUGCUUCUUCAUCAGCCAAUCAGGCGAAACGGCGGACAGCCUCAUGGCUUUGCGGUACUGUAAGGAGAGAGGGGCCCUGACAGUGGGGAUCACUAACACAGUGGGCAGUUCCAUCUCCCGCGAAACAGAUUGUGGCGUCCAUAUCAAUGCCGGACCAGAAAUCGGAGUGGCCAGCACCAAAGCCUACACCAGUCAGUUUGUGGCUCUGAUCAUGUUUGCUCUGCUAAUGUGUGCUGACAGAAUCUCCAUGCAACCACGAAGAAGAGAGAUUAUCCAAGGCCUCAGAGUACUCCCAGACCUCAUAAAGGAGGUCUUGAGUCUGGAUGAAGAGAUCCAGAAACUGGCGACAGAGUUGUACCAACAGAAGAGUGUUCUCAUCAUGGGCCGUGGUUAUCACUACGCCACCUGCCUAGAGGGAGCACUGAAAAUCAAAGAGAUUACGUACAUGCACUCUGAGGGGAUUCUGGCCGGGGAGCUGAAACACGGCCCUCUGGCUCUGGUGGACAAACUCAUGCCUGUCAUCAUGAUCAUAAUGAGAGAUCACACCUACACUAAAUGCCAAAAUGCCCUGCAGCAGGUGGUCGCCCGACAGGGCCGCCCGAUCGUGAUCUGCGAUAAGGACGACCAUGAGACCAUAAAGAGCUCGAGCAGGGUUAUAAAGGUGCCUCACUGUGUGGACUGUCUGCAGGGCAUCCUCUCUGUAAUCCCACUACAGCUGCUCUCCUUCCACCUGGCCGUGCUCAGAGGAUACGACGUUGACUGUCCAAGAAACUUGGCCAAGUCUGUGACAGUGGAGUGAACCCCCGCUCUCACCUGAAAAGCAUGACCUUUGACCUUUCCCACACAUGCAUCGCUGUGCUGGAACAGCUGUGCACUUUAACACAAACAAAAAAACCCCCAAUAAUCCAGAUUAGAAGACAAAUCAAUACUUUCCUAUUUUAUACAGGUUUUUGUUUUGGUCUUUAUGGCCUUUUUUAAUGCAACCCUUUUACUUCCAUACCAAGAGCAUAAAGUGUCUGUCUCUCUCUCUCUUUCUCUGUCUGUCUCUUUCUCUGUCUGUCUCUCUCUCUCUCUCUCUCUCUUUCUGUAAGCAGGAAUCUCAAGGUGUCACAUCAUUGCUCUUAAUUGUUGUAUGUCCUUCUGUAUGGCGGCGUGGUAUUAGUCAGCAGUGACACGGCAUGGCUGCUCUUUUACUGGGUCAACUGGAUAUUGUAGGGCUUUUUGUCUUUUUUUAUUUUUUUUUCCACUGGUCACUUGGUCCCUGACCACUCUGCCCGGUUGGCAGGUAUAGAAUGUACACAUGUAAUUGUGAAGCCAAAGUUCCCAGUGUGCCAGAUUGUCAUAAUCAACAUACAUAUUAGUCUCAAAACCAGGUUUUCCCAUGAGGCUUAGCAGCCUGACAGACCUGUGUGUGGCGGUAGGUUAGGUCAGAAGCCGCUCUCAUCAGCUGUGUUACCGUGGAGCAGUAGGGACGAGGGGGAAGGAUUUCGGGGGCGCGCUUGAACCUGAUCUGGCACACCUUGAUGACAUGGCGCCAGCGCAUUUUGUUUUAAUGUGAUACCAGACGUUCAGACGUGUAAGGCAAAGCCUAACUGGGAAACAGUGAAACCAGUAGAAGCGUCUUCCUCACUGCUCCAUACUUACAAUGAUUUGUGAGCUGGAAGAAUUUAUAUGUCUGGCAGCUAGAACAUAUUUCGAUGCCAAUUUUAAUGUGAAAUGUCCUUUGUUCUAGUGAAGUAGAUGAGUAAUGUGUCUAUAUGCAUUCCUGGGUGUAGAGGUCAGACACCAGGGCAGUUAGUGACUGCGAGAAGUGACGAGUCUGCAUACACCACAAAACUGUUACACUUACAUAUACUCAUACUGCACACCCAUGCACCUCAACCAUGCACGUUUAAUAACACUGUGUAAUCUCUCUGUUGUAAAUAUGUCUUUAUAGUGUAAGGUACUACAGUUUUUCAAAAGAGCAAUUCAACUGGAUGGAGGAAUAUCCAGAGAGGGUUUUGAUUGGCUAGCUGACAGAGUCUGAAGAUUGAUGGCUUGAUGGGUUGCAUGAAGUGAAGAAAUGAGUAACUGCAUCUGUAAAUGAAGUAAACGAUCCUCCGCUAGGAUGAUGUCUGUGGUUCGGGGAAUUACGUUGCCCUCCCCAGCGGCAUACGCCCACUCAGACAUCCCAAAGUGCUGACUCAGAUCGAGCUGAUUAUGCUGACAGACAAGUCAAACAUCCUUAACCAAAACUUGACCUUUUUUUUUUUCUUUUUUCUUGGAAGUAUUCUUGCCUGUGUCAUAAUCUCAUGUUUCCUAUAGAGUAAAAGGUUUUGCUUAAUCAAUACGCUUUACCCAAUCAAAGCUGAUACGGCCAAGUCCACCUAGAGAAGAUUGUCUGUUACAUUGCACUAAUAAUAAAGCUAGACCUGAGAUCUUAUGGUUUUCACGAGAACUGGGAAUGUGUGGUGUGUCUGAUGGUGUCCUGAUGAUUAUGUUUGAUAUCUGUAAAAAAUUAUUCUGCUGAUGUGUAGGGAAACUGAGAUUGUGUGUUGUAUUUGAUUGCCUGAUUUUCUCUUUGUCUUCGCUCUGAUUUUCUUUCAUAAUCUUCACACUCACACUUUGUUACUUUGGAGACUUGAAGGUUAGUCUCUGGUUUACAUUAGAUCUGCCAACAGACACAAGUUAGGGAAACCCAAACAGAAAUGAAGUAAAUUUUGUUACUACGCCGACCCAGAGAUGGGUGAUACCAUGCCGCCAUCAUCCUUAACGAUUGUGCACAUGGGACCACACGCUUUAUAUUCACUCUAUAUUUUUCUGUUUGUCAUUAGGUAUAGAGG